AUGUCCCCACGCAUUAAAGAUCGAGAGCUGAUCAGACUAAUUGUCACACCAUGUGGUUGUAGACUGAAUAGCAGCAGGACGAUGCUGGAAUACCUAGAAGGGAUAAGAGACAACAUCAUGGCAUACCAACGUUUAUUUGUCGAAAAGAAAGUAUUCCAUGGCGAAAUCUCUGACGGCAACAUAACUUUGGCUUUCGUUGGUGGCAGGUAUCGAGGAUUACUGAUCGACUUUGACCACGCCGUAAAGGUCGAAGAUACUUCGGACAAGCAUGAGAACUUGUACUUGACUGGCACCUUGAAAUUCAUGGCGUUCGAAAGGCUUGAAUAUGCUGCAAAAACUGGAAAAUCCAUAACCCGAACGUAUUUUCAUGACUUGGAGUCUUUUUUUUAUGAAUUUCUCACUGGCUGCAUAGAAUAUGAACGCCGCGAGGAAUCGAAAAUAGUGGUCAAUCUACAAAGGUGGUGUGUAGAAGAUGUCAGUUCUAACUUUAUUAAUAAGCGUAGUGAUACGAUUUUCUUCGAAAAUGAAAUCGUUCCUAAAUUCUCAACCAAUUUCGGCGACUUAAAGGAACUUGCGUGA